UAACUGAUAAGGAAAUGAGUAGCGCCACACGAACCGGUGUUCCGAAUACAGACGCUGUAUCUAGAGGCUAUAACUUUGUAUCUAAUUGGGAACAGAAUGCUCCAUUGACUGAGCAACAAGCAGCAGCUAUUAAAGCACUAUCUGAUGCAAUUGUGGAGCGGCCAUUUCCUUCCAAGUUGUCGCAGGAAAGUAUUGCACAAGAAAAUCAUGGUUUAUCUAUUUCUACAAAGCCUGGGACUGUGGAAGAAUCUGGAGAAAUAGAUGGUGUUUUGGUCAAUACAAACCAGUUUUACAAAUGGUUUACAGAUCUUGAAGCAGCAAUGAAAUCAGAGACAGAAGAGAAGUAUCAGCAAUACGUUACCAGGUUAACCGAGAGGAUACAAAUAUGUGAUGGUAUUCUUCAGCAGGUGGAUGAAACCCUUGAUUUGUUCAACGAAUUACAAAUGCAGCAUGAAGUAGUUGCAACAAAAACCAAAACCCUUCAUGAUGCAUGCGACCGAUUGGUAAUCGAGAAGCAAAGAUUGAUUGAGUUUGCAGACUCUCUUCGCAGUAAACUCAAUUAUUUUGAUGAACUAGAAAAUGUGGCUACAAGCUUUCAUUCUUCAAAUACAAAUGUCACAAGCGAAAACUUUCUUACGCAGCUUAAAAAGCUUGAUGAGUGCAUCUCAUAUGUCGAAAACAAUUCUCAAUAUGCGGAGUCCAGUGUUUAUCUGGUCAAGUUUCGUCAGCUUCAAUCUCGGGCCCUAGGAAUGAUACGUGCUCAUGUUCUUUCUGUACUCAAAAGUAGUACCUCUCAGGUCCAAACAGCCCUGCGGGGUAGUGGUGGCAACAAAGCAGCUGUUUCUGAGGGUGUGGAGGCAUCUAUCAUUUAUGUUCGUUUUAAGGCAGCUGCAAGUGAGCUUAAACCGAUACUAGAGGAAAUCGAAAGAAGAUCUUCAAGGAAAGAGUAUGUUCAAAUUCUUUCAGAAUGUCACAGAAUAUACUGUGAACAGCGGCUAUCUUUGGUAAAAGGCAUAGUAUCGCAAAGGAUUACAGAGUAUUCCAAAAAGGAGACUUUACCUUCAUUAACCAGAUCUGGAUGUGCGUACUUGAUGCAGGUUUGUCAGCUGGAGCACCAACUGUUUGACCAUUUCUUUCCAUCAACCUCGGAGGAUAUCUCAAGUUUGGCUCCUUUAGUGUAUCCUCUAUGUACUUACUUGUACGAUACACUGCGACCAAAGCUUAUUCAUGAAGCGAAUUUAGAUGUUCUUUGUGAACUUGUGGAUAUUCUUAAAAUAGAAGUUAUAGGAGAACAUCUCAGCAGAAGAAGUGAAUCUUUGGCCGGAAUACGCCCUACACUGGACAGAAUUCUGGCCGAUAUUCAUGAAAGGUUAACCUUCCGUGCUCGAACACACAUCCGUGAUGAGAUAGCAAAUUAUCUUCCACUGGAUGAAGAUCUAGAUUACCCUGGAAAGCUGGAACAAUUAGCUGAGACCAAAUCUGAUCAUAGUACUCUUGAUCAGAGUGCAGAUGUUUUCAAGACUUGGUACCCUCCACUGGAAAAAACUGUAUCAUGCCUUUCCAAAUUAUAUAAUUGUUUGGAGCAAGCAGUUUUUACUGGCUUGGCACAGGAAGCAGUUGAGUUUUGCUCAUUGUCCAUUCAAAAAGCAAGCAAACUUGUUGCAAAAAGAUCGUCACAAAUGGAUGGACAACUCUUUCUUAUCAAGCAUCUUCUUAUCUUGAGAGAACAGAUUGCACCUUUUGACAUAGAAUUCUCAGUCACACAUAAGGAAUUGGAUUUCUCUCAUUUGUUGGAGCAUCUUAGACGUAUUCUUAGAGGUCAGACCUCGUUAUUUGAUUGGUCAAGAUCUUCUUCUUUGGCUAGGACACUGUCCCCUCGAGUUUUGGAAAGUCAAAUUGAUGCAAAGAAGGAACUGGAGAAAAAUCUUAAAACAACAUGUGAGGAGUUUAUCAUGUCAGUCACCAAGUCAGUAGUAGAUCCCAUGCUUUCUUUUGUUGCAAAGGUGACAACAGUCAGAGGUGCAUUGUCAUCUGGUGCUCAAAAUCAGAAGCUAGAGUCACCUAUGGGAAAAGCACUCAAGGAUCAAGCCUUUGCUACACCGGAUAAGGUUGCGGAAAUUGUCCAGAAGGUGAAUGCAACUAUGCAGAAUGAGUUGCCAAGAGUGAUGGAGAAAAUGAAGCUUUAUCUGCAAAAUCCAUCGACACGUGCAAUACUUUUCAAACCAAUCAAGACAAAUAUCAUAGAAGCCCAUGAACAAGUACAGUCAUUGCUAAAAAAGGAGUACUCUCAGGAGGAGAUGAACAACAUAAAUAUGAUAGCUAUGCAAGACCUGCAAGCACAGCUCGACAACCUCGUAUAGGUUUUGAUAAUAUUGCAAAUGUUAUAAUAGAAAUACCGAAAAACUUAAAAGUUUACAUGAAAUUCGAUAGAACAUAUAAGAUGGUGUAUGAUUUGUUAGGCUUCGUACAUCAUCUGAUUUUUUGUUUGUGAUGUUUAUUAGGUUAUGGGCUAUUUCCCUUUGAUGGUUUGUUGGAAUGAACAAAUAUUUUCCAGUGAUUGCGGAUAACUUUAGCUUUCAUUUA